AUCCCACAGUGCACUGAUUGAUAUAAUCUGACUUGAAGCGAGGACACAAUGAAAAUCCAAGAAACUGAAGGAUGACUGAAAAGGACUGGAGUGUAUUUGGAUGCCAGCAUCACACAAUGACUUUCUUUUUUAGCCAGUAACUGCUGCAACAACACACAAUUUCUAAAAUAACUUGUCACAUGGUGCUAAUCUAUAAGUCUGAGGUCAACUGCAACUGUGUCUUGAUAUUUGAGACUGAUAAGUGCCGUUUUCCCUCCUCGGUAUCGAAUAACUGCAACUGUAACUUUGAAUAUCCAACACUGGACACCAACAUGUCACUAGGAUCUGUAAUGUUUUGCAAGUGACACAGGACAAUGAUGUUCUUGGACUCAAUAGAAGACGAUUUUUGGGGUGCAUAGGGGGGUUUGUUUUUCUACAUUGGGAAAUUCUCGUGUAAGUGAGCAGUGUUAGCUUAAAAAGUAUUUUUUUUAAAAAACAGUUUUUUCUUGUUUGUUUUACACUUUCUCCAACCUUAUUUUUGAAAUACACAAAACAUAUGAAUAAAUUCACAAAAAAGACUGAAUUUACAUACUUAAUGUAAAAUAACCUUUGACACAAUGGCACAAACUCACAUUAUUUAUUGACUGUAUCUAAAGAUAUCAAAGAUAUUUUAAACUUAAAUUCAGAUAUUAAAUUCUACAAUAUAAAAUAGAAUAACUUAAAUUGUAUUGUUGUAUAUACUAGCUCAUUAAAUCAAUAUGUACCACCUGGAGCUCAACGCUCAGAAGACAGUGGAGAUGAGGAUCAACUUCAGGAAAGCCCCAGCCCGAUACAAAGUUCUACACCGCCAUCAUGAAGUCCAUCCUCAUCUCGUCCAUCACCAUGUGGUCGCUGGGGCCACUGCCAGGGACAGACAGACUUAAGAGCAUUGCGCGCUCUGCUGAGGAGGUGAUCAGCUGCUGCCUCUUAUUUCUCCAGGACCUAUACAUCUCCAAGACUCAGGGGCGUGCAGCAAGGCCAGAGUGGGACUCAUUUUCAGCCCUGGACUUUCAUGCCUAAGACUGGCCAAUUUUAGAUCACGACCUAUUACUAUUAAAAUCAUGGAAUUUGAGCCUUGUUUUGUAAUUCAGUGUGUUUUUCUAAAAUAUUUCCAAUUCAGUGCAAGUAAGGGCUGCUUCACAAUGAGGAUUUAUUCCAACAUGAGUGUACAUCUCCAACAUUAUUCUUUACAACAAUAUCAGAAUCUAUAUUCUGUUCAAAUAAGUGUUCAAGGCUAUCCAAACCUUAAAAAUGAAAUAAAAGAAGAAAUAAAAAUAUUAAAUUUAAAAAAUAAAAUAAAAAGGUGUUCCACUUUCUAAUAACACUAUCAUCUCUUUUUCCUGUGCAAGGAAGCAGUUCCAUCACAACUUAGAUUUCACAAAUAUGAGAACAUCGGUUAAAGGGCUAAUCUCCAACACUAUUCUUUACAACAUCACAAUGUCCUUUUUUGCAAUAUCAAACAUCAAGCAAAUUAGUGUUCACAGAUAUCUAAUCCUCAUGAAUAAAGAAUAAUUAUUGCACUGUUGUCUGCAAGUUUGUUAUUCACAGUAUAACAUAACUUGCCAGGACUUGAUUAGCUGGCCUCCACCAGCACAUGAUCUGCUGAUGACAGAUGACACACACCUGGACUCCUCAUCAGCACAGCACACACAUGCAAAGACAGAGAGAGCAAGGCUGAGGGAGGAGAGAGCCCUGCCACAGCUCACAGCCUAAGCUGUGGCUGUAACAAAAUGUGACUUUGCAUGUCACAUGUCACACCUUAUUUUGCAAAGAAAUUAACACAUGCUUGCCAUCUGCAGAUUGCACUUUAAAGAAAAGAGCCUUUAUUUGUCACUUUGAGAUAAAACGGAAUAAAAUGUUCCCUCUCCAGACUUUACAGUGGAGCCUGGAAGUUGCCUGAUCUCAGACCAGCUCUGUGUCCCAGCAGGGCCAUACAUUCAUCAUGACUAUUUGCCUGUAGUGGGAAAACAAAAUAUAUGUAAAUAUAAGUAAACGGAGUGCGAGAUCUGCCUGGUCGAUAGAGUGCUUUGAACUUCAUUAUGCAACAAGCUGUCCGGCUGUUAUAAACGACGCCCGUGAAAAAGAAGUGAUUGCUGGAUGUGAUAAAGAUGAAAUGUAAUAGUUUACGCCACCAUGAAUCUGACUGUACCAUCCACACUAUUAGAAAUGCCGAUAAGAGCAUUUCUGACUAUUUGCUUGGUGUCAUAAAGGGAAGUGGGCUGUUUGAUUAAUGCAAGCAGCUGGCCAGGUCCAGGUUCAGCACAUUCUGAUGUUGCAUAUAACUUACAGAGGUACUAAUGGGCCGGUUUAUAUACUAAAAUGUGAUCUGUCACACAUGUGAGAUAAGCAGAAUUAUGACUAACACAUUCUGCAUUUCCCCCAAGUGCUGCGUUUGAUAUGCACGCUGUGUAAAUGUGGGUGAGUAAUGCUUCUGUUUUCACCAAAGAAAUAUUCACUCAGGUGACAAGAUGCUAUCUGCUAAUGUGAGUAUUUCUAAAUUCCUGAGUGUGGAUGUGUUCAGACCCGGACUGGUGUCCAUCAUAUGAAGUUUGGUCCAGAUUGGACCACGUGCAGCUGAGAUAUUAAUAAUUCAAUUUUCAUGGCGAAACAUUGAAAUUUGCUGUGCCACCACAGACACGGCCUUUGAUGACGAGUCACCAUUUUCUCUAGGAAUCAUCAUCAAUGUAUUUAGGCUUAUGUCACCAAAUUAUGAAUCUGAUCAAUCUGCUGACAAUAGUACAUCAAAGUGUAAAAAAAAUGUAUAUUUCCUGAUACCACAAGGUGGCACUCUAAAUGUGAAUAUAUAUAUAAUUACAUGGAUAUUGUCAUCGCAGGACUCUGAUCAUACAUGUAAAAUUUCAGGCAGAUUGGAGCAUGUUCAGGCGAGUUAGACAAACACUUCCUGUUUCCUGGCUAAGGAUCAAUAUUUUGCGGAGUUGCCAUGGCCACGCCCUUUGACUUUUGUGGAGCAUUUUGGUAACUUUUCAUCAGGAAGGACUGUUGCAUGUUCUGGCCAAAUUUGAGGUCUCUCGGACUUAACCUGAUGAGUUAUUAAUCAGAAAAAAUUUACAGCUAAUUCAAGAUGGCUGACUUCCUGUUGGGUUUAGGGUGUGGCUGUGAUUGUCUUUUUGUGUGUCCUGAUGUGCUGCAUAUGCCCCCCCAAAUAUUGUGGCUGUAGAUGAAAUGUCAUGGCAGUUGGGCUAAUGACCACUUUUUAAAUUUUACAGGGGGCGCUAUGGAGCCAUUUUGCCACACAUGUGCGCAACUCCCAUGAAAUAUCAAAUUUUUUACCAGUCCUGAUGUGCAUGCAAAGUUUGACGUGUUUUGGGGUAUGUUUAGGUCACCAGAGUGAAGUCUGAAAAGACGGGAAAAGAGUGAAGAACAAGAAAAACAGUCCUUAUUAGGGUCGAAGGACCCGUCGGUGCUCGGACCCUAAUAACCAUUAUUUUGAGUGAGCCAGUCUAAGUUCCUAACAGUAAAAGUGUAACAAAAUUCCCAUAUAAUCUUAGCAUUGCUGCUAGGAGGAUGUUUAUAUCCAUAAUGAAGGCGCAUGAGCCUGUGUUGGGACCUCAUGCUAAGAAACAGCAAUGUGGUCUGACAAGUCAUUUAUUUCCUACUUACGGUUACCUGCUGUCUGUUUCAAACUGUGUUGGAGAAAUUGCGGUGGUGUCGGAAUGGUGCAGAAAUUGCAGUGGUGUGUGCAGCCAUCUCAUGGGAGUCACAAGAUGUAAUGAUUGCUCUGCAUAGCUGCAUGAAAGCUGAAGAGUUUAAAGCUGCUUCACAGAGCCAGAAGCUUCUCUCACGUUAUUCCUUCAUCCAAAAUCAUGAUGCACAAAGCUCAGACUAUCACUAAACUUCAAUCAAACAUCAUUUGAUGGCUGAUUUGUAUUUUUUUUUUCAACCAGAACAAACAAAAAAUAGUACAAUUCCUUAAUCUAUUCAUUUAAUGAUUUUAUAUUUAUAUAUUGUUGAAUUAUUUUGUUUAACAUGAUAUUAUUGUUGCUUUAUAUGUGCAAAAGCUCAUCAGAGUCUUAGUAAACAGACUGGUGGGAUCAAAUGGGAGUGUAAUAUAUCAGCCCAGAGAGCUAUGUGUUUUUUCUGUGACUGAAGGCAGCAUUGAGGAAAUGUCGGCAGAGGCCUCUUUCAAUUUUUUCCUCCUUUGCACCAAAACAUCACCUCCCUCUGCUGGUAACACACAGUAACAUCUGCUUUGCAGGAUUUAUUAUUAUUACAACAGAGUGCUAUGCAGUAUGAUACAAUCAACUACUGUUCCUUUUCCCCCUUUUUAUAUCACAGCAUCCAUUGCAGAACAUAGUAGUAUUAUUAAAUGUGAGAGCUUACGCCUUGACAAAAUGAGGGAUAUUCUUUUAAUAUUGUCCAUUUUAAGUGUAUAUCUUCUUCCUAUACAAAUCAACACCCUCUUGGCCUGCAGGAUUUUUCAAUGGCCUUCUGUAUCAGGACUUUAGGUCACUUAGGUGGUGGCUCUUUAUCCUGAAUAAGUCUGUAGUCAGUGUGCGAAAACCCAAUAAAAUUCACAAAAAAUACCUAAAUCUGCAGCUCUAUAACUAGUAAAAGUGAGCAAGUUCACCCGAAACACCUUUGUCAUUGUAGAAAUUUUGACGCAUAAUAUCAGGAAAAGCACAUGAGAAUUUAAUAUAAAUAUUGUCUGCACUUUAUGUUAGGAUUAGUGUUGUGUAUUGGUUUACUGAAUAUGCUACUGGUAUAUUUAAUGACAUCUUUGCAAAUAACAAGAUCGAAUAAACUGACAUAAUUUGUGAAAGUGCAUUUUCAGGGUUAGUUUUUCAAAAAAUUUGUGCUGGUGAAAGAAAACUUUAAAACACUCAGGCCUUAAAUCUCUUUAAAUUAGUUCAAUACAUGUAUGUGGGAUCAAUGGAAGAGUAAAUUGCAAAACAACAUUAUUCAAAUACCCAUUUUGCAUACUUUCUGUUUAUGAGGUUUAAAGUUUGGAAUUUGGAUGAUCCAAAAAAAAUCUAAUUUUAUACGUAAACACACUGCAGAUAAGCAAUCUUGAAUGUUACUAUAUUUUUCGUGUGUACAAUCACUCUCAAAGUCAUGCCAUCAUGGACUUGUAAUCAUUUAGAAAAUCAAAUUUGGGAAAUCUAAAAAUUUAACAAAAUGAGCUUUUAUGGAAUAUUAUUAAUUGAUAUACCUAAUUCAUACCAGUUUGAACCCUCUUUAACAGUGUUAGUCAGUUUUAAUUGAUUAUAAUACUUAAUAUUUAGAAAAUUUAAACAUUGUAUGCUGUAAUCAAACAUUAAGUAUUUCCUGCUUGUGAAGGGAAGAAAUGGUAAUCUGUCAGACAUGUAUUACCUCUGAGUUUUGCUUUUAAAUGAAUGAUGACACAUUCAAAUUCAGUAAUUCUGAGCUAAUAAACCACAGUGCCAGUCACAGCGCCAUGCUUGUUAGAAGGUCGCACCCACUGCACCAUUCAGAGGUGACAUUUGAUAGUGAGGUUGAAGGUUGUCUUGCCCCAUAGCUAAAAUGGAGGGAAAGGACAGGGAGGGGUUGGAGGGGUCUACCAGAGAUCAAAUUUCAACAGGACAGCAUUCCCAAAAAAAUUUCAAGACAGUCAACGUGAGGCAGCCAGGGACAGGGCAGGACCGUGGAUGUUCCCCGAGCAAACAACUGGAAACCGAGUUUGUGUACAACCUGGUCAGAGAGUUAAGCUGGACGUGGUGGACAUCUGUGACUGAAGGUAGACAGACCAAACAGGGGCUUUGUGUACAUGACAGACAGACAUGAUGACAGAGGGAAAGACAGACAACCCGAUGAGCCACAGGAGACGAGCAAUGUGAUUUUUUCAUCCUGCCGUUAGUCUCUGUCAGCAGCUGUUUUACACUUAGUGAGUAAAUUCUUUCACCUCACUAACUGGGUACUAACAUUGCUUGUUGUUUUUACCCUCAGGUCACCUUUUAGACUUAAUUAAAACAUUAAGCUAAAGGAAUUUUAUCAGCUUUGUGGGUGAAUGUGUGCAUUUGAAUGCAGCAAAAUCUGCCAGGGAAAAUACUUGCUAACCAGAAUUCUCUUCGACUUUUUACCUCUAACACCAUCUGUAAUGCUUAUCAGCUGAAAACCAAAUCCACUGAUGGAACUAUCACUCUGGUUUCAAACAGAGUUUGCUUUUAAGUCCAGGUGCUCCACAAAUUCUCAGAAGAGCGGUUUGCAGUGUUCCCUGGCUGGGGAUACAAGCAGGGAUGGAAAGCAGGGAGGAAAACGAAGGCAGAGGGAAAGAGAGCGACGGAGAGAACGGUAAACAUCUGAAGAACCAGCUCAACAGCGAGGAGAAAGGAGAGAAGGAGAUCAAAGGGAAUGAAAAGGAAAAGAGGAAAGACAGACGGCGUUCGGGGUCUCUGUGGAGGAGUGGAUGGGCUCUGAGUGAAAGACUGGCCAUUAAUGUUUCAGGGAUGCGAUAUGAAACUCAGCUUCGCACUUUAGCCCAAUUCCCCAACUCCAUGCUGGGUGACCCCAGGCGGAGGUCACGAUACUUCGACCCGCUUCGAAACGAGCUCUUCCUGGACCGCAAUCGGGCCUGCUUCGAUGCCAUUCUGUACUUUUACCAGUCAGGCGGGAGGCUUCGAAGGCCUGCAAACAUACCCCUGGACAUCUUCAUGGACGAGCUGAUGUUCUACGAGCUCGGAGAGGACAUCAUAAACCGCUUCAAGGAGGACGAAGGCUUUCCAAAGGAGGAGGAGAGGCCUUUGCCGUCCAACGAAAUCCAGAAGAAACUGUGGAUGCUGUUCGAGCACCCUGAGUCCUCAUCGGGGGCUCGUAUCAUUGCCAUCAUCAGCGUGAUGGUAAUCGUCGUGUCCAUCCUCAUCUUCUGUCUGGAAACGCUGCCGGACCUCAGGCAUGACAAAGAGGGAGUCAACUCACAGUCAAAGAAUGGAACUGAGAACAUGCCUCCUCCACCCAGUGUUUUCCAGGACCCCUUCUUCAUGGUGGAGACCAUGUGUAUAUGCUGGUUCUCCUUUGAACUCCUCAUGCGCUUUGCUUGCUCCCCCAGCAAAACGCACUUCUUCAAGGAUGUCAUGAACAUCAUCGAUUUCAGUGCCAUCCUGCCUUAUUUCGUCACUCUGGGAACAGAACUGGCCAAGGACAAUGAUGCCUCACCUGCCACUUCCUUGGCCAUCAUCAGAGUCAUCAGGCUGGUGAGGGUCUUCAGGAUCUUCAAGCUGUCUCGUCACUCCAAAGGCCUCCAGAUCCUCGGUCAGACACUCAAGGCCAGCAUGCGUGAGCUGGGCCUGCUCAUCUUCUUCCUGUUUAUAGGCGUCAUCCUCUUCUCCAGCGCCGUCUACUUCGCUGAGGCUGACCACAGCAGAACGGACUUUGUCAGCAUUCCUCAUGGCUUUUGGUGGGCAGUUGUCACCAUGACCACAGUGGGCUACGGUGACAUGUACCCAGCCACAGUGUGGGGAAAGCUGGUGGGAUCGAUGUGUGCCAUCGCUGGCGUUCUUACCAUCUCCCUGCCUGUGCCCGUCAUAGUGUCCAACUUCAGCUACUUCUAUCAUCGAGAGAACGAAUGUGAGGAUCGACAUGAGUACACUCACGUCAUGAGCACUCUGUGGGAGGACGAGGAGCCUGAAGGAGAGGAAGCAGAGGAAGGAGAUAAAGAUGCAGAGGGAGAUUACUAUGCCAUUGAGGGCAUCUGCAACCCUCUGAAUGGUACCUUGCUCGGCGGAUUGUGUGCAGGACAAAGCACUGAGUUCAGAGGAGGAAACUUUUAUCUGAGGGAACCACUGGUUACUCAGGUUUAGAGAGGGUGAGUGUGACGUGCACCCUUUGACAAAGACAUAGUCUGGAAAGAUUGAAAGCAGAACGAUGCACAGUAACACGUGUCUAUAUGUCCUGAAGGAAGAAACUAGCAAACCAGCAACUGGCAAACUAUGUAACAUAAUGAAUUUAACACCAAUAUACCUCCUAGCAACCUUAUACUGCAUUUCCUUGCUCAUUCAUAGUUAUUUAUUGCAGCUCCAGUUAGCCAAAUGCCACCGAAAGCAACUUUUUGUAUGAUACAGCUGUAACAAAGGAAAAGUUUCACAUUCUCAGGGUCAAGAUAUAAAUUUAAUAUGAGGUAUUAUUUAUUAACGCUGUCAGCUAGUGUUUGAGAUGAAAAUUACUUUCUGAAUGUCUGCGCUUUGAAACUAUGAUGUCUUAGUAAUGUCACUCUGUGCCUUGAAGUGUGAAGUGGGAGUGGAUAGAUUAUUGGGUCACGUCCCAUCAGAACUCAAUCACCAGUCGAAUCGUGGCUACAGAUAGGCCGAGAUCUCACGUAAACCGGCUCCACGUUCUCAGCAUUCUUCUGCAAGCAAUGUACGCAGUUCACAUCUGUGCAGUUUGGGAUUAUGCUACCUGAAGCAACUGACCUUACCGUUAUCAGGUCACUUCCAAGCCUGCACCAUCUCUCGUAGACAAACCGUUUGCAGUAUUUGUGCUGAAGAGGAAUGCCUUGAUUGCUAUUGUACAAGUUCUAUAUUUAUCUGCUUAAUUAUGCACUCAGUGUUUUUAAUAAAGAUUCUAUUUUAUUAA